CGCAAACCCUGGCGACUGUGUUUACGUUUUACAACAGAGCUCCCUGGAUUUACCAAACUAAUACGACAACGAAGGCAACCAUUGACAAAGAGCAUAUUGGAUAAACAAAAUACAAGCCAGCAUGGCAUCUGACUCCCCACGCAGACCAAGUCGCUGCGCUGGAGGAGUUGUGGUGCGAGCUCAAGCUGCCACGGAGCAGUCCUACAUGGAAAGCGUGGUGACGUUCUUGCAAGAUGUCGUCCCGCAGGCAUACACAGGAGCGCCUCCGACUGACGAAAAGGAGAAAAUCAUUUGGGUGCGAUUUGAGAAAGCUGACGUCAAUGACACAGCCCGUAACCCUGUGUUCAAGGAGAUGCACAGUGGAACUACAGAGCCUCCUCUCUGCCUCAUGAUUGGCUACACUGAUGGGAUGCAGGUCUGGAGCAUAUCGUUGGCUGGGGAGGCCCAAGAGCUGUUCUCUGUCCGCCAUGGUCCAGUCCGGGCCGCCCGCAUCCUGCCAGCCCCUGAUAUCAGCCAUCUGAAGACGGACAGCUUUGCAGACAAGAGGCCCCUGCUGGGCGUUUGCAAGAGCACAGGCUCCUCUGGGACAAGCCCCCCAUACUGUUGUGCGGACCUUUAUUCUCUACGGAGCGGGGAGAUGGUGAAAUCUAUUCAGUUCAAGACACCCAUCUAUGACUUGCACUGCAACAAACAGAUUCUUGUGGUAAGCCUACAAGAGAAGAUUGCAGCUUUUGACAGCUGCACAUUCACAAAGAGGUUCUUUGUCACAAGCUGCUUUCCCUGCCCGGGUCCAAAUCUUAAUCCUAUUGCUUUGGGAAGUCGCUGGCUAGCCUAUGCUGAGAAUAAGUUGAUCCGUUGUCAUCAGUCUCGUGGCGGUGCUUGCGGUGACAAUGCCCAGUCCUACACAGCCACCGUUAUUAACGCUGCCAAAACUCUAAAGACGGGCCUGACCAUGGUGGGCAAGGUGGUGACCCAGCUGGCCGGCACCGUCCCCGCCGGCAUCCCGGACGAAGAGGGCGUCCCACACAGCAGCGGUCGCCGCAGUCCCAACAACCCUGGGGUGGUCACCAUCAUCGACACGCUGAACGUGGGCGAAGGCCAGGUCUUGGUGAGUGAGGACUCGGACGGAGAGGGGGCAGUGGCUCACUUCCCAGCUCAUGACAAACCCAUAUCCUGCAUGCAAUUCAACCCAACUGGCAUGCUGUUGGUUACGGCAGACACCCUGGGCCAUGACUUCCACGUCUUCCAGAUCCUCACACACCCGCUGGCGUCCUCCCAGAGCGCCGUGCACCACCUCUACACACUGCACCGCGGGGAGACGGAGGCCAAGGUCCAGGACAUGUGCUUCAGCCAGGACAGCCGCUGGGUGGCGGUCAGCACCCUGCGCGGGACCACCCACGUCUUCCCCCUCAACCCGUAUGGCGGCGCCCCGUGCGCCCGCACGCACAUGUCCCCCCGCGUCGUCAACCGCAUGUCCCGCUUCCAGAAGAGCGCCGGCCUCGAGGAGAUUGAGCAGGAGCUCAACCGCAGCGCGGCCGCCGCCGGAGGAGCCGGAGGGGGGGGCGGAGGCGGUGGCGGCGGUGGUGGAGCAGGAGCAGGAGGAGGAGGAGGAGGGGGCUGUGUCCUGGGGAGUGGAGUGGGUGGACGCUGCAGCCCCAUACCUGGCCUCUCCAGCAGUCCGUCAGGCUCACCGCUUCACGCCAAGCUAAGCAGCCAGGAGUCCUACAACAACUUCACUAACAACCACAUGGGGAACCCCCGGCUGUCCCCGCUGCCUAGCCUCACCAUGGUGCUCCCCCUGGCCCAGAUCAAGCAGCCAAUGACCCUGGGCACCAUCACCAAACGCACCGGACCCUACCUCUUUGGGGCGGGAUGCUUUGCCAUUAAAACUCCAUGCAAAAGCAAGCCGGCGCCACAGAUCUCACCCAGCAAGUCCAGCGGAGGGGAGUUCUUUGUUGCCACCGUCUUUGCCUCGUCGCGCUCCUGGUUCAUCACUAAUCCCAACAUGAAGAGGGAGAAAGACCAAUCCAGGCAGUCGGUGGUCGACUCGCUGUACAUCCUCAGUUGCUACGGCAACUUGGUGGAGCAUGUCCUGGAGCCUCGUCCCAUCAGCACAGCGCAGAAGAUCAGCGACGAGACGCCUCUGGAGCUGAACAGCUGUCCCAGGGCCUGCUGGACAUUGUGCAGGACCCCACAGUGGAACGAGCUGCAGCCCCCGUUCAACACCAACCAUCCCCUGGUGCUGGCGUCCGACCUGGUGCAGUACUACCAGUAUCUCCUCGUCGGCCUGGUUCCGCCUGGCAGCCCGGGGCCUAUCGCACGCCACGAGUCCUACGACAGUCUGUCCUCAGAGCCCAGCGGGCCUGAGAACGAAGAGUGGCUCUCGCAGGUGGAGAUCGUGACCCAUACGGGUCCCCACCGACGCCUCUGGAUGGGGCCCCAGUUCCAGUUCAAAACCAUCCAGCCGUCGGGCCAGACCACCGUCAUCUCCUCGUCCUCCUCGGUGCUGCAGGCCCACGGCCCCGCCCACGUGCAGCAGCCCCUCCUGGACUUCGACACGGACGACCUGGAUGUGCACAGCCUCAGGAUCCAGCCAGUGCGUUCUGAGCCCAUGAGCAUGCCCGGCUCCUCAAGACUAGUGGCAGAACGUAGAACGCAGCCCAACCUCAUGGACGCUGGUUCAGGUAUAUCCUAAAUAUGGAAAGUCUUCACUCAUUUUAAUUUAUUCAUUUGCAAAGCAUGCACCUUCCAUCACCCAAUUUGAAUCUGGCCAUUCGUCCAGUCAACCAGUCAUUCAUUCAUCCAAUCAUCCAUUUAUCCUUUCUAUCCCCAUAACUCUCUCCCUCAAUCUCUCACUACAAACUCAUUGGUUUACCAUGGUUGUGAGAGAGGACAUGAGAGGAGGAGGAGGAGGAGAUGGAGGAGGAGGAGGAGCAGGAAAAGAGGAAGAUUUCCAGCAGGGUGUGCACUGAGUUCAGGAAAGAAACGACAGGCCUGUUAUGGCUCUUUACUAUUGUUGUUAAUGUUACUAUAUUAUACAUUAUAUUCAGAAUUGUUAUGAUCAUAAUUAUUUGUUUUAUAUUAUUGUUGACUUUGUAUAGUUCAUAUCGUGUCGCAUUGAUUGUGUUCUGUUCGUCCCUCAUUGUGUAUUAAAAGGGUAAGUAAACAGUAAACUGUCUUGGCAGGAGAAUUUUAAAACAUGUGAUGUAAGGGGGAUCAAAGUGAUAAAGGUUCAGACGGACACAUUGGGUUCAAAAGGAGCAGGGGCAAGGGAUGUGUCAAAACACACAGCAAGCAAUGAUGCAGUCAAUAGUGGACUCCCACCCUCGAAAAGUGCUUUUUAACUGGAAGAAGCAAACCUCAAUAGUGUUUUUACUAGGUUAAACUAGUAAAAAAAAAAAAAAGUUUUUAUAACUUUACACUUUUUCUUUCAGGAAUAACGGUAAUGUUCACUCUGUUAGUCCCAAGAUUAUGUUUUUUUGGGGGGUUCCUUUACCCUUAAAAAUGUAACUGUCACACUCGGCUAUUUGUGCAGUACUUAUUGGGGUCCGCCUCAUCAAUUCGGUUUCCGCGAAAGAUUCACUGAAAAGUUGAUCAAUGGAUGUAACGGAGAUGCGGGUGGCCAUUGUUCUCAGAAAUAAAGUUGAUGUUGCAGACUUGGAUUUCUCACAACACACAAUAUUGAGCAGCACUCCUAUUAGUACAAAAUAGCCCAGCAUGACAGUUCUCCCCUUCCUCUUCCCCGUCUAAUAAAGGCCACGGCGCAGUUCAUCUCCAUUUGUGUAUGUUAGCCCCUGAGCUUUUGGGCCAAAAUGGCAUCUCGUUUUUUUCAUGGACUUCUUGUGGGCCUGCAGCUGGUUGGCAACUCCAGAAGGAAGGAGAUGAGUGCAUUGGCCCCAGCUGUAUCUGGUAUUAUUGUGGUAUUGUUCCAUGCACCGAAGCAUAGAACCACACUCUCUAGUCUCUGUGCCCUUUGGGUACAUAGGAUGAUGGGAAUAUAUGCAGAGAUUAUGUGAGACGGUUUCAUGAUUAUCUAGGAAAGAGAGCUGUUGUAGAUUUAUUCCCGGAAAAGGAGUAUCACAAGAAAGUGUCUGGGUUCUGAAUCUAUUUCUGUGUCUUGUUCUCUGCCUUUUAUUGUUUUUUAAACAGCUCUUGAACAACUCAUCCUGACCUAUGAGCUGUCUGUUGUUGCCCAUGUCUUUCAUAGGUUGAUACUAACUAUGUAGUCUGCCACUCAGAGGUUAACAUAUGAUCUGACCUGUCAAAUGUGCUACAGUUUUCAGUGAUUGACAAUUAUGGCUCUACAUUAAAAUAUUAAACAUUCACUUCAGAUGGGAUCUUUCUUAUCCAUAUAUAACUUGUGUGUGUGUUCUUUAUAC